CAUUUUCCGAUCAUUGGCCAAAUCUCCAUUUCCAUCUUCAGAAUCUAGAUUCCUUGCCAACUGUGACCAUGGCUGCCUCGGUCAUACCCCUUCCGCCACCUUCCGUGGUUCCGACUCGCUACACCAGCGCAUUCCACGGACCGCCAUGUAGAAGUCCUCUCCGUAACUCCUUGCUCAGCCCUUCCACCAAUAUCGCCGCCUUGCGUGGUUCGAACCGCAAAGAUAGAGCGAAAUUGAGUGCGCGUCGCGACCGCAACUCUCCGCAAACGCAGGAUGCGCGGCAAUUCCGGGUGCGAGCAACAGCCCCCGCGGGUAGCGCGGCGGCGGAAGCGGGGGAGGCGGAAGAGAGCACCGUGGCAGAAGACAUGAAGCAGCGGAGAGGCCUGCGCGGCAAGACCGAGGCUGACGUCAUCGUAAUCGGCUCCGGAAUCGGCGGGCUCUGCUGCGGCGCGCUCCUCUCGCGCUACGGUCGCGACACGCUGGUCUUAGAGAGCCACUAUCUUCCGGGAGGCGCAGCGCACGGCUUUAAGCGAGACGGCUUCUCGUUCGACACAGGCCCGUCGCUAUUCUCGGGAUUGUCGUCACGCGGCCCGCAGGCGAACCCGCUAGCGCAGGUUCUAGACGCGCUAGGGGAAACGGUUCCGUGCGUGGCGUACGACAGCUGGAUGUGCUACCUGCCCGAAGGGGACUUCCUCUCUCGCAUCGGCCCCUCGCACUUUAUUGAGGUGCUGCAGCAGUAUGUGGGGGGGGACGCCGUGCAAGACUGGCGCAAGCUUAUGGUGGUAGUGGAGCCACUAGCCGGCCCCUCCAUGGCCCUGCCUCCCGCUGCUCUCCGCGCCGAUCCUGCUGUGCUGCUCACUGCAGGGCUGAGGUACGGCCCGAGCCUGCUCCGCACGUUCGGCAGCGCCGGACCCGCAGCUGCCCUGAAUGCGUCUAAGCUGAUGGGCCCGUUCUCCUCUCUGGCGGACUCGGUGGGGGUGAAGCACCCCUUGGUGCGCAACUGGAUCGACCUCCUCUCCUUCCUGCUGUCGGGCCAGAAGGCCGACGCCACCAUCGCUGCAGAAGUGGUCUACAUGUUUGCAGAGUGGUACAAGCCUGGCAGUGUAAUGGAGUACCCCCUAGGCGGCCCAGAGGCGAUAAUAGAGGCUCUUAUAAGGGGGAUGGAGAAACACGGUGGGCAGCUCUCCCUCAACUGCCACGUGGACAGCAUAGUGGUGGAGGGGGGGAGAGCGGUCGGCGUGAAACUCAAAUCCGGACAAGUCAUUCGCGCCCGCACUGCUGUGGUGAGCAAUGCCUCUGUGUGGGACACAAUGCGCCUGCUGCCGCAAGGGAGUGUACCGGAAGAGUAUCGCAAAGAAAGGGCGGCUACGCCCGAGUGCGAUUCCUUCAUGCACCUGCACCUGGGGAUCAAGAAGGAGAAUCUCCCUGCUGACCUGGACAUCCACCACAUCGUCGUCAACGAUUGGUCCGUGGGCGUCGACGCUCCUCAAAACGUGGUGCUCAUUUCCAUCCCGACCAUCCUUGAUGCGUCGCUCUCGCCACCUGGCACCGUCUCAUUGCAUGCCUACACCCCUGGGACUGAACCGGCCUCCCUGUGGGAAGGCCUGGAUAGGCGAUCUCCCGAAUACAAGAAGCUCAAGGAGGAGAGAGCCGAGGUGAUGUGGAAGGCAGUGGAGCGAGUACUUGGUCCGGGGUUCUCUCGAGAUCAGUGCGACCUGGCAUUAGUAGGGACCCCCUUGACUCAGGGUCGCUAUCUGCGGAGGCACCGGGGCACUUAUGGCCCGGCAAUCAAGGCAGGCUCGGGGACGUUUCCAGGCUCGACAACCCCUCUUCCAGGCCUGUUCUGCUGCGGGGAUUCCACGUUUCCGGGAAUCGGUGUGCCUGCUGUGGCAGCUAGUGGAGUGGUGGCGGCGAAUACAUUGACUCCGGUAUGGGACCAUUGGAAGUUGCUUGAUGCUAUUGGAAUCUGAGGGAGUUGUUAGCUUUGAUGUUAUAAUAAUAUUCUGAACGUUUCCGGCUUGCCUUUGAGAUGUGGAAUGAUAAUGGAGAAUUUACACCUAUGUAGUGCAAUAUUUAUACAUU